AUGAAUAUUAUUGAGUCUAGUAGGGAAAAAGAAAGAAUUAGCCUACAUAGUCAUAUCAGUGGGCUAGGCUUAGAUGCAGAUGGUUUUGUUACAGAUUUUCUUUUUGAAGAAAAAAUAAAAAAGAGGGACGUGUACAUUGAACCUACAAAUAAAAUAGAAAAUAAUGAUAUUAAAAAUGGUACAAUUUUAGAUUCAGAUAAAAGUGAGAAUAUAUGUAAUUCAUAUAAUCUUGAAAACAAUAGAAAUUAUGAAAAUAAUAAAAUAAGUUAUAACAAUAUAAGUGAUGAUGAAGAUGAAGUUGUGAAGAAUUUUUAUAAAUGCAAAGGAAUGGUUGGACAAAAGAAAGCAAGAGAAGCUGCUGGUAUAUUUAUAAAUUUAAUAAAAGAGAAAAAUAUAUGUAAAUGUUUAUUAUUAGCAGGUCCAAGUGGAAGUGGAAAAACAGCUAUCGCUAUUGCUAUAAGUAAAGAAAUUAGUGAUGAAUCUAUUCCUUUUUGUAUAUUUAAUGCUUCACAAGUAUAUUCAUGUGAAGUAAAAAAAACCGAAAUUUUAACUCAAUAUAUAAGGAAGAGUAUAGGUGUAAAAAUUAAAGAAAUAAAAGAAGUUUUUGAAGGAGAAGUAAUACAAAUCGAACCUUUUUAUGAUAAUACAUAUAAAGAACAAAAAAUUUCAUAUGUACAUAUUACUUUAAAAACAUUAAAAGAAGAAAAGAAAAUUAAAAUACAUUCUUCUAUAUAUGAUAAUCUAUUAAAAGAAAAAAUUCAAGAAAAAGAUAUUAUCUAUAUUGAAUCUCAUAGUGGUAAUGUUAAAAGAGUAGGCAAAUGUAGUUUAUAUCAAGAUAUGUUUGAUAUAGAAACUGACACAUUUGUUGAUCUGCCUAAAGGAAAUGUGCAUAAAAAAAAAAAUAUUAUACAAAAUAUUACCCUAUAUGAUCUAGAUGUAUCUAAUGUACAACCAAAAGAUAAUAUUCUAGACUUUUUACAAAACAAUAAAUAUAAAAAAACGGAAAUUACUGAUAAAUUAAGAAAUGAAAUUAAUAAAAUUGUGUAUAAAUAUGUGGAUCAAGGAAUAGCUCAAAUUAUUCCAGGAGUAUUAUUUAUUGACGAGGUACAUAUGUUAGAUAUUGAAUGUUUUACAUACUUGAAUAGAACUUUAGAAUCUAAUCUAGCACCGGUCGUUAUUUUGGCUACUAACAGAGGAAUAUGCAAUAUAAAAGGAACAAACAUAAUAUCUGCCCAUGGGAUUCCAGUAGAUUUAUUAGAUAGAAUAAUAAUUGUAAAGACGAUGCUAUAUAAUAAGGAGGAAAUACUACAGGUUUUAAAAUUGAGAUGCAAAUUUGAAAGAAUAAAGAUUGAUAGUGAAGCCUUAGAUUAUUUAUCAGAUAUAGGCAUAAAAUGUUCUUUGAGGUAUGCAAUUCAACUUUUAACACCUGCAAAAAUAUUAUCAAAAAAGAAAGGGAAAAAAAAAAUUGACAAAAAUAUUAUUGAAAUUGUAUCUUCCAUAUUUUUUGACACUAAAAGGUCUACUCAACUUUUGUUAAAUGAUAAAAAUAAAUAUAUGUAUUAA